GUCCACGAUGGGCUUCCUGGAAUACAGGUGUCUUUAUUUGCAUCAGAUGCGCUGGAAUACAUCGAAAUCUGGGAGUGCAUAUAUCCAGAGUCAAGUCUGUCAAUUUGGACCAAUGGACACCAGAACAAAUACAGUGCAUGCAGGAGAUGGGGAAUACCAAGGCAAGAUUACUUUAUGAAGCUAAUUUACCAGAGAACUUUCGAAGACCUCAAACAGAUCAAGCUGUGGAGUUUUUUAUCAGGGAUAAAUAUGAGAAGAAAAAAUACUAUGACAAAAAUGCAACUCAUGUCACCAGU